AUGCUACGCAGAUCCUCGGCUAGUCAGGACAAGCGUCAGUUGACUCUCGAGGACAAGUGCAACACCAUUUUGCACUCAUACGGCUCACCGUUGCAAGGUUGCCCUUGUGGGUGUAGGCCUGAAGGAUUUGCUAUGGCAAGCUUGCAGCGCCUCUCCAGCUGCUAUGGGUCAUGGGACAUUGAUGACGCUAUCGCACCCAUUGAUCCAAAUCUCAUCCUGGCUGAGUACAAGGAGCGAAUCUUGGAACAGACUCGAGCACGCAGCACGACUCCCACAAGCAUCAUUUGCUUGGACCAGCAGGACGCUCCUACAUGGUCUUGCAGGGUGUAUCACAAUUCCACCGUCAUUGACCUGCUUCGUGCUGAACGUAUGAAUCUAGAAUGGGGGCACAGAGUGCAAGCCUUCGUCGAGCAGGACACUGUUCUGGGAUUUGACUACUUGGCCUUGAUCUUCAAGCAGCACGUUUGCUUCUUCAGUUCAAAGUGCAUGGACACUGCCGAAUUGCGCUCCCGCCUCGAGGCAGCAACGGACCUCCUCAGGGUGCCGACCAAGAGCUUCAAGGAUGGUAUGAAGCAGAAAUUGAGUCUUUCAUUUUACCUCUUCGAGCUGAAGAGUCUUCCACACACCUUCUUGUGGACAGCCAGAUGGAUUGUAGACACCACAGAAACUUGGCCACAUGCAGCCCGGCAACCCAUCCAAGCUCGAUGGGAACAAGGAGGCCAGACAAGUGAUCGCCGUUUUGGCAUUCUGUGGGAGGAUUUUCAUUGGAGCGCCUUUACUUCGCUUGGGGCAGAUGGGCAUCUCUCGGUGACCCUCUUUGACACCCACAAAGAGGAAGCCACUUCCUACAUGGAUCUUUUAGUUGCUCGGGUCAGCACAGCACUCCAUUGCCAUAGAUACAACAUCCGUUUGGCUGCAGGCAUUGGUCAGAGCUUUGGUGCACAUUGCGUUGCCGUACUCAACAUCACACAGUUAGUGGACAGCACCCAGACCUUCUGUGAAGAGGAUGCCAUUCGUUUGCAUGCAGAGGUCUUGGACACGUGGAACUCCAGCACAUGUUCCACGCAGCAGACUUUGCUUUCACCUACCCUGACGUGGCAAAUGAUCGGAGAGGGGCCUGAUAUCCAAGCCCAGUUAGCCGCCCUGAUCCAUGACAAAGGUGUACCGGACGAUGCCAAAACGGCAAGAGCUCAAACCAUCCUGCAAAGGCUUGGAGUCCCUGCCGCGACUAAGAUCCUUGCGGACCGCAAUCCCUGGGCAGCUCUCAAAAGUGCAGCAAGCAAGCCUGGUAUCGCACUACGCAUCCUUUCUGACGAAGAGAAAUCGAAGUACAUCGAGAAAGAUCGAAGUGCACCAGCAUCUUCCAUCGAAGUGUUUGCCGACAAGCUCGUUCCUUCUCAGCUGGUGCUUGAUCCCAAGAUGCUCAAAGACGGCAAUGGAGACCCAGUUCCACAGCUACAGUUUGCACAAGUUGAAGCAGAUCAGCGUGGGCUGGCCAUCUGCACAUUGGGAGAAGCAGCCGCAUUUCUCCGAGCUCCGAAGUCCAUCAGUCCACAUGCUCUUGGUUUGCUGAUGCUAGAAUUAGAGCCUGCAGCUCCAGACAUCAUGACACAAUCCGGCGCGAUUAAGAUGAGGUUCCCGGCGCAAUACCUUGUCACCGGUGAGCAGGUACUGAUUUUUGGAGCGCUUUUGAGCAUAGGAGACAUCAGCAUUGAUAGAGCCACCUCUGGCUCAAUCUCCAAGCAACCGGUUUUGCCCACAGCCAUCAUCAAGUACAUCUGCUAUAGAGAUCAAUACCCGGGUAACUGGAAGCUAUUCACAGAAGCUCCGGUUCGAGAGAUUCUCAAGAUGUUUGAACCGCUCAACUACUGCGAUGGAAAGAACGGCGGUACGGCCUGUGCCAGGACACACCCUGAUGUUGACAAGACCUAUGAGGCGGUGACCUUAGAGCUUUGGGGCCGACAUUUCACUGCUGCCACUGGGGCCAAGAAGACACCACAAGAGGCCGAUCAGUUCUCCUUUCAGGUUCGUGUUCCUGCUGCAGUGGUGUUGAUUCUUGUCUCGAACAAUCCCAUCAGCCUCUACUGCGAUCCUAGAACUGAUGACUUUCGGAUUGCACAUCCUGAUUUCUGCAUCAUCUGGCUCAACAGGGCAGACUUCACACAAGUCGAGCACAUGAGCAGAACCUGUUCAUACGCCCUUUCCAUUGCCAGGCAUCGAAACAGAUAUGGCAUCCGGGUCAAGAAAGCUGAUGAGGCCAAGGCUUGGGCCGAGCUCAAGCCACAUCAACACUUUCAGGAGGCCUUCCAAUCCGACGUCCUGAUCAACCCAUCCGCGAAGUAG